AUGGAAAGCCCUGAAUCGCCGGUGGAACACGUCGACGUCCUUGUGGUGGGUGGAGGACCAGUCGGCCUCAUUACCGCAUACCAACUUGCACGCAAUCUCACCCGCUCAAAACACCGCAUCAAGAUCAUUGAGAAACAUGCAAAAUCAUCUCAGGACCAGUAUGGCCGCGCCAUCACCCUCUUCCCCCGCACCUCUGAGAUGCUCGACCAGCUGGGCCUCGCCGACGCCCUUGCCCAGCAAUGCUUCGCCUGCCGCGACACGGUCAACUACGACCAGCACGGCAACGAAGUCCAAGGCAGAGGCUGGGCGUUUAUGCAAAACAUGAAAGACACCGCGUGGGACUUUGCCCUUGUGCUCCGCCAAAAAUACCAAGAAGACAUAUUCCGCCGUGCCAUGAGCAAAGAAGGCGUAGACCUCCAAGCACCAUAUACACUAACGGGCAUCCACAUCUCGCACGACGUCCAACCCGGAGACUACAGGAUCCUCGCCACCAUCGAGCACAGCGAGACGAAGCUCCAGAGCCAUGUCAAGUGCCGGUACCUGGUUGGCGCCGACGGCGGCAAAUCCUUUGUCCGGCGCGCGCUCGCCAUCCCGUUUGACGGCUCCUCGACCGAAGACAAAUGGGUGCGCAUCGACGGCGUCGUCGAGACCAAUCUCCCCAAGCCACGCACCUACUGCGCCAUUGAAAGCCCCACGCACGGCAACGUGCUCUGGGCGGCGCUGGACCGCGGCGCCACUCGCAUCGGCUUUGCGUUUACAGCGGAGCGCCAGAAAGCGUAUACGGAAUUCAACGAGGACGCCGCUGUCGCCGAGGCCAUUGCCGCCGUGAAACCAUUUAGCCUGCGCUUCAAGCAGGUCGACUGGUGGACCAUCUACGUAGUAGGCCAGCGCAUUGCACGCUCCUUUUUCGAGCACGACUGCGUGUUCCUCGCAGGCGACGCAUGCCACACGCACAGCAGCGGCGCCGCCCAAGGCAUGAACACGGGUCUGCACGACGCCGUGAAUCUCGCGUGGAAACUGUGUCUCGUGCUCCAAGGCCGCGCUCAACCCGCCCUCUUGCGCUCCUACGAAACAGAGCGCAGACCAAACGUCUGCCGCCUGAUUGGCUACGACAAGGCCAUUUCAAGACUCAUGACCAUGCAGCUGCCCGAGGACUGGACGGGUGAUCCAAACGCUGAUCCAAAUCAAGUCCUCGGCACGGUUAUGGCUGAAGCUGCGAGUUUCAGUAGUGGAUUGGGUAUAUUUUACGAGCAAGAUUCGUAUCUGAAUUUCUCUCAGUCACAGGCUGGAGAAGAAGGAAUAGCAAUACCAACCGUCCACCCCGGCCACCGCGCGCCCGACAUCACACUCCAAAAACCAGGCACCUUCGAAGCCACGCGUCUGCAGCGAGAAACACCCAACAACGCAUGCUUCUAUAUCGCCGUCUUUUCGGGAAAUGUGGAAUCAACCUUGCACUCGCUGACUUGUUUCACAAAAGCUGUAGCCAGUCUGCCCUGGCUGCUGGAUGAUGAUGCAGUACCCAUUUCUUGGCUUUCCAUCAUCGCAGGACGCGGUGCCCCGUUGGCGUAUGAGAUGCUGGGCCACAUGCCGCUUGGGCGUGUGUUCUACGAUGGCGAUUAUAGCGCACAUGGGCGAUAUGGAGUUUCCAUGGAAAAGGGGGCUGUGCUUGUUCUGCGGCCGGAUGGCUGGGUGGGCACAGUUGUGGAACUGGAUGGAAAUGGAGUCGAGAAACUAGAACGUUAUUUCAGUCGGUUUCUGCUUGCUGCGGCCACGGGCACGAAGCAUGGUGCAAAGUUGUAG